AUGAAUUCGAACAAUAUUGAUGUUGGGAAAAAUGGGGAUCCUGAGGGAAAAGUUUCCGAAUCAGAAUUUGUAAACCGAAUGCCGGAGAUCUCAUCUAAUGAGGGGAGUUAUGCUUUAAAAAUUUUUCGAUCCUCGCUUAAUAUACUAGCACAUAUAUUAAUCGGUGUAACGGUUGGAAUAUCACUCCUUUUCUCAUUCGCAAGAGGAAUUCCUCUGGGAACCACGAUGUUGCAUAUUGUAUUGUGUGUGAUUGGUUUUCAAUUACUUAUGUCAGAAGCAAUCCUAUCAUUGUGUCCUUACAAUGGAUGGUCAAAUUAUUUACGUUUAGCAGAUAAGAAGAGAGCCCACACCAUUCUCCAAGUCGUUGGUUCAGUUCUAGCCCUCGCUGGUUGUUUUGUUAUGGUUUUAGCAAAAAAUGUGAAUUUUAACACGUUGCAUGGACAAUUUGCCCUGGUUGCAAUGGUUUUCACAGUAGCGAGUCUGUUUAACGGCUUAACAUCCUGGUAUGCUUUCGAAUUACGGAAGUGUCUUCCAGGAAAUUUAUCCAAGAUCACACACAUUGUUUUUGGUAUCGUAGCCUAUGCGAUGUCUGCCAUUUCACUGUGCUAUGGAUUCAAUAAGGGCUCCUUUAAAAACUGGGCCUCACCGGACUUCACAUAUACUUUGAUAGCAUUUACUGGUUGCUUUACACUAAUUUGUAUUAUUACUCCAAUCUUUACUUUCUUUGAAAAAUCUAUAGGAUGCUUGAGAAGGUAA